AUGGAUCAACGCGACAUCCAAAAAAUUAUAGCUGAAAAUAAUGGAUCAGUUGACGAUCAAUGUGCGCAAAUGUUGAGUAUGUAUGCGAGUAGGAAAGGUCGGAGUUACACAAAGAGUGCAUUAGUUGAAGCACUCUUCAAAAGCGGGCUGCGUUCUGUAGCUGAAGAUCAUCGUAUGUGUAAAGUUAUUUCUACAUAUAAAAAUUCAAAAAGGAAAUCCAAUGCUGUAAAAGAAGAUGAAAUUCCACUUCGUGAACUACCGCCAACUUCGAUAAGUGACUACAUUAUAAGAAAGGACAUCGUUAAUAAAAUUUGCGAUAAAUUAAAGAAUAUCGAUGAAUCACCCGGCCAUGCUUUAAUACAUGGGAUGGCUGGCAGCGGUAAAACGAUUGCUGUUUGCCAGUCUGUACGCCAAGCUGUAAGCAAUGGCUGCUUUAAAUCAAAUGGUUGUUAUUGGAUGAAGAUUGGUAAUAUAUCAAAUGAUGAAUUAUCCCAAAAGCUGAAGGUUUUGGGUGUCAGUCUUGGCACUGUGUGGAAUAAGAAUAUUAAGUCAAUAAGAGAAGUUUGCGAAUAUCUUGAUAAUUACCUACGAGAAAAUAGCAAAAUAGCCAAUACAUUAUUUAUUUUCGACGACGUCUCGAAGAAGGAUCAUUACAAAUAUUUUUUAUCCUUUGCUAAGAAAUCAAUCGUUACUUCACGAUUAACCUACGAUGGAAUCCAGCUUAAUUUUGACUGUUUUAAUAUGCCGGAACGGUUGACUCCUGAAGAAAGCGUAGAAUUGCUAGCGUUGCAUCACGUAGCUCACUCUGAGGUUUUACGUGCAAAUCCAAUUAUCAAGAACGUCUUUGAAAGUUGCGCUUACCUACCAUUAGCAAUUUCCGAAAUUGGCGGCCUUAAUCUAAGCACAAAUGAAGAAUGGAACACAGCCAAAAAUUCUAUUACAGGUGUCAACACCAAUUUAUAUGGUGUAUUGCAAUCAAGUAUUGAAUCUUUAAGCGAAUCCGACAGGGAAUUAUUUAAGUUGCUGGCAGUAUUUAAGCGAGCGUCCAUCCCCAUUGAAUCUAUUUCAUCAGUAUGGAGCUGUGACGAUAAGGAUGCCAACCGUAUUUUAAAGGAAAUGCAAAAUAGGUCAUUAUUAACAUACGUCGAAGGAAGCAAAUACUGGGUUUUACAUGGUUUGAUGCUGGACCAUCUACGCUUGCAAGUCUCGAACCAAGAUUAUGAUGAAAAAUUAAGCAAGAAAUUAAUUGAUGGUUAUCGUAGUCGAUGCAGAGGUAGAUGGUAUACCUUCCCUGAUGACGACUAUUUCUAUCAAAAUUCAGUUUGUCAUGCUAUAUUGGGUAAAUGUGAUAAAGAUUUGCAAAGCAUCAUGACUGACUUUAACUGGAUGUCACGUAAAAUUGAAUCUGACAAUGAAAUUUCCGGGCUAAUCAACGAUAUAACUAACUACAUGAACUACUGUAAAAAGAAUCAUCAGGACUGGAAGAAAUUUGAUAAAGUGCUUGCAUUUCUGCAAGAUCGUGGAAAGAGGCUAAAACUACACAACGUAAACUUAGUAGAACAGAUAUUGACAUCUGAUAUAACUGAUGAGUGGAUGAAACAGCGAGCUUUGGAAUUAGCUACCGAAACCAACAACGAUAAAGAAUAUCUAAAAGCUUACUAUGAAGCAUUAAAAGAGGGAAGUAGGAACAAAGAUUUCAUUAAAAUUGUCAUUGGUGGUCCUGAAAAUGUCGGUAAAACAUCUAUUAUAAACGCCUUUUUAAAUGAUGGAUCCAUUGAGCCUAGCAGCGAAACGGAAAUUGCAAACGAUAUACAGCAGUUGAUAAAGCUAACGACAUUUGAUGUUUUAGACAGAAGAAAAGUUGAUUAUCGAAUUGCAUUAAAAGAAAAAGUAUAUUCAUAUAUGAUAAAUAAUGCUGAUAAGCAGAAUAUCAAACCACUAUCUACGCGUAUGGAACAAAAUUGCGAAGGCGAUACCUCGUCUGCUAGCAAAAAUUUUACCACCAACGUUAAUUCCGAAGGUGAGCAGCACGUAGAGAAUGAUAUAAUUACUUCAAAUAAAAUACCUACGCCCGCAAUAACAGACUCGGCAAUGAAAUCCUCAGGAAGAGAUUAUAGCGAUUUAAGUACUUCAAAUGAAUUACCUACGUCUGCAACAGCAGACACUGAAAUGAAAUCUCUAGAAAGAGAUUACGGUGAAGGGGCUAUAUCCGCAAACUCAACGCCUGCAUUAAAUCACGAGAGUAAUGUUGUCUACGAUCCAUUACAAGCUCUGACAAAGACAAGUUUGGAGGACAAGAUGAAAACUGACGUUGAUAGUCAAUACGGGAAAUUCGUCGACUUUGGAGGCCAAGCUGUCUAUUAUGUAACACAUCGUCCAUUUUUGUCUGGAAAGAGCCUUUAUAUUCUAGUGUUCAAUAUUACACGUACUUUUGAUGACAAUAUUAUCGAUCGUGACGGCAAUGAAAUUACUAUGACCUAUAGACAAGCCAUGCAAGAAUGGCUUACAUCAAUGAUUGGUAGUUAUAAUGAUGCAGGCAAGGUUAAAGUCACCAUUGAUGAAAAAGAAGAAGAAUUUCAUUUACCGGUUAUAAUUUUGAUCGCAUCGCAUGGCGAUCUGAUAAAGGAUGAGAAAAAACGUUUAAAAAAAUUUGAUGAUUUUAGCCAUUCCUUGGCUAAAGCUAUGCCUCCGUUUGCGAAAAAUUUAUGUAGCUCACGUAUCAUAUUUCACUGCAAACCAACAGAUCACACUCCAGCAUCCAUUGACCAACGUCGUAAAACUAGUGAAGUUCUCCACGAUUACAUCCAAAAAUUUGCCACAGCUUUGCUGUCUCUAGAAAAGAUUCCUGUUAAAUGGUAUAUUAUGACAUCAUUACUCCAUAUUGGAAAUCCCCGGAACAAUAAAACAGCUGCGGUAGAAACUCAGAAUAAUGAAAUUAUAAGUAAGAUAGGUGACAUUAUGACAUUUGAAGAAAUCAAACAGUUAUCUCAAAAUUACAAUUUAUACGAAGACGAUGAAAAAUUUCGGUAUAUGUUACGAUUUUUACAUGAUAUAGGCGACAUCGUGUUUUGUGAGGAAGAAGGAUUAGAUGGAAUAAUUGUAACUAAUCUUGAUUGGUUACUCGAUAUACUUCGAUCGAUUAUAAAAUUAGGCAAUCCAUCGAAGUCCUCAAUUGAACCUGCGAGUAUAAGUAAGAAUGAGGAAGUAAAUUUACUCAUCAGAAACGCUUCCAAAACUGGUAAACUGUCAGAAAAAUGUAUCAAUUUUGUAAUAAAAAAAUUUAAUCUGGAUAAAAAGAAGACAGAGUAUAUUUUAAGAUUGAUGGAGCAUUACAGUAUAAUUUGUAAGAUUGAGAAUGUAAACAAGGAUCAUAACAGCAGCGAUGAUCUUAAUCGCCUUUAUUUCGUACCCUAUUUGCUGCGUUCUUCUGCCAAGGUAAAAAGAGAAAAUUAUUGGAAAUCAGAUUGGUUAUAUAUAGGGUAUGAUAGCACCGAGAUACCCUAUAUACCUGAUGGAAUAUUUUAUUGUCAUCUGUCAGCCUGUUUAAAAGUUUGGAAUAAUCCUAAAGUUGAAGCGCAUGAUCGUUGUGCAAUAUUUUAUAUGGAAGAUUGUAGAUGUAGGAUAGUUGUCGAGAAAAAAGACUCAUUUAUUGGAAUGCAAUUAUGCUAUGGGCCCUCAUCGAAAAAAUUAAGUAGGGUUGGUAAAAAACGUAUUACCAAAUCAAUUCGUCGGCAUAAGCCGCACUUUAUUAUUCGAGAUAAAUUAAAAAAGGUAAUAGCAGAGAAAAUGCCAAAAUUUGACUCUACUAAAUGUCAAUUUUAUUUUAAAUGCGGUGGAAGGGAUUGUAAAGAAAUGAUCGAUGUUGCUAAUAAGCUUUGUAAAAAAAAAACAGCUAAAAUCAAAUGUAGCGAGUGCAUGACUAAAGUUCCAAAAGAAUCAGUGAAUCAAUGGCAGAUUUUCGAAGAAGAAUUAGCAGAUUUCCCUUGCACUUUCAACAAUUACGGCUCAGUAAGAGAAAUAUUCUCGAUGUAG